GUCCUCUCUUAGAUUCUCAUAAAACAAUAUGUCGACAGUGCAGCAAAACGAAGGGGGCAAUAUGGCUUGUACCGAAACCAUAGCAGAGACUGAAGAUGCAAUACGCAUAGAAAAUCAUCUCGAUAUUGAAAGCUUUAUUCAGCAAGAAGACAUAGAAGACGAUGACGCAUCUACGGACUCAUCAGAAGUAUCUGACGUAGCAACGUCGAUAUUGCUGUCAACUGCAGAAAAAGUCCCGCCUCUUGGCCUCAGUAGAGGCUGGGGCAGUUCGUCCUAUGAUGACUAUGAUGUAAUUACUGUCCAUGGCCUUCGUGAUGGCCAUAAUACAGCCUGGAAAUCAUUGAACGGAGAAGACUGGCUUAGAGUUGAUCUAUUUGAAGAUAUGCGAAUCCGCCAAUUAGAUUUCUUUUAUGCUACUGAUGAAUCAGCAAGAGUAUUCCAAGAAGAAGGAAUUAAAACUGAAGCACGAUAUUUGCUUCAAAGUUAUUAUUAUAAAAGGCGCGAGCUUCCAGGUAUUGAAGCUAAUCGACCUAUCGUAUGGAUAUGCCAUGAUAUUGGAGGAUCUAUUGUCAAACAGGCUCUUAUCGAAUGCAUGCAAGCCACGACUGUAGAAGAAUAUGGAGACGUAGAAACAUGGGGUCAUAUGAAAGAAUUCCGCAGAAAAGUCAUAGCAUGCUCUACUACAAUUGUAUAUCUCGGUUGUCCACAUAGAGUUGAAUCCACAGACAUAUUGGAAGAUGAGUUACACGAGCUGCUAAGUUUUCCAGGUCAUACAAUCAAGCAAGGCAUUUUGAGAAAAAUAAAAACUGUUGCCCGCCAAGUGAGCAACAUUAAUUUUCAGUUUUGCGAGACGAACCUUUUCUCUCAUAUGACGAGCAUUAACAUAUUCUGUCUUCACACUCAGAAUGAAAUAGAGUUAGACUUCAAGAUGGAUGAUGAGAACGCAGCAAACCCCCAUCAGAUAGCAGAAAGGUGUCAAGAUGAUCUACAUGCUAGAGACGAUAGCGGUCAGAAAUCAGACGAAGGUCUCCCGCCAGCCUUGUCAGAAUCACCAAGCUUUUUAGCCGAAUCAGGGCUACCCUUCUGUCGAUAUUCUAUAAUCCUAGACAACACGUUUGGCAGAGAGGACAGUUAUCAAUUGAAGGAACAUGGAACAGACCAUUUAGAGCUUGUCAGAGGCAAGCAAGCAGAUAAAAGAUGGGUGUUAUUCUUUUCAGAUCGCUUUGCCGAGAAACAGUAUCCCUUGAAAAUUAACACCGACGCUAUCUACGAUCAAAUUUCUCUUUUAUCGCUGAUUCCUCCCAGAAAAAUGCCCCGUACGCACAUGGGCGGCGCUCUAACCGAACAUCACAUUCGAAAACUCCAAUUCACAUCUUGGCUAGCUAAUCAAGACGCAUAUAAAAAUUGUCUCGAGAGCCGUGGCCCGCAUAUCUUGUAUAUUGACUGCUAUGCAGAAGAGGCAUCGCGCGCUGCCAUGCUCUCCCAGUAUAUUCGUACUAUGUACGACUCUCACGUCGGAGACAGGUCACAAUAUUCCUACAGACUUCCAUUUUAUUUCGAAUUCAACGAAUUUGAUACUAGAUAUAAUAGCAUCAAGGCCAUGCUAGUCACAUUCCUCUGUGAGAUGGUCUCGCGGCAUUGGCAUACUUCCCCGACAAUUCGUCUAGUGUUAAGAAAUUUCCACUAUUACCGCUGUUGGUCGCUAAAAGACCUUUUCAAACUCUUUACCGAAAUUAGGAAAUGCCCAUAUGUGAAUAGAUAUACACUAUUCCUUUGCUGCUGGGAUAGCUGCAUAGAAGACGAGCGGACUUGGUUCUUAACUAGAGUCCUCGAGCAGCAUAGCCGCAGUGAGCUGGAUUAUACUGUAGUCAUUACUACAAGAGGUCCAGACAAAUUUUUGAAAAGCUCUAUUGACAAUUCACAAGUUUUAUCUUUAGAAAAAUGCCCGGUACCUCUUUAUGGCUUUGCAGAGGACGAGGGUGAUAACGUAAGCGGACUUAUGCUAUUGCUAGAAGAUAUACUUCGAAAACGUCCAGCUUUACAAGGGUUGAAAUCAGUCAUGAUACAGCUAAUUGACGAAUGCUCUCAAAAAUCUCAUCUUGGAUAUAUAAUUUUAAAUUGGCUUGGCCAUUUUGGACGAGGCAGUCCGAUAUCAGACAUUGCCAGAACGCUCGAACGACUACGUCCGGUUACCCCCGAUAGCAUAUUAGCAGUAAUUAUUGGAAAUUUGCGUCCAGAAAAACGAAAAUUGGCUCAAACAAUUUAUCGAUGGGUCAGAUACGGAGUGGAACCCCUGACAGUUGAAGCCCUUGGCCAUGCCAUAGCAGCAUCUACAAGUUCUGAUGACAUAUCGCUACUCGAUAUUGACCAUGAAUAUCUGCUGGAGAAUAUGGAAAGAAUAUUCUGCGGUAUAAUCAAAAUUGAGGGCCACGACAUCAAAUUUUCGUACGAUUCGUUUUAUGUUUCCAAUCUCGUUGAAUUUGAGGGCGACGUCCAUGAACAGGGUUUUUCCUCGCAUGGUGAGCUAGCCCGGGCUUGCUUGAGAUAUUUGCUUUGCGACGAGGUACAGAAACAAUACUCUAAGUUCUCUGUCGAAAAUUACGGGGGAGACAUAGAUAAAUGUCUCCUUCUGCCCCCCCGGGAUGACUUGUUAGCCUAUGCUGCCCGUCUAUGGGCCGCGCAUUACCGCUUAAGUGGUCACCAUAGACCUCUUGAGCUGGCUCUGGAAUUUUUCAAAGCAAAGGGAGCAAGAAACAAAUGGGCUGAGGCGCAUUAUCUUCUUUCAAAUCCCUUCACGCGCUGCCAGCGAAGCUUUAUAUCUGUUCUACCCUUGACAGCCGCAUUAGGUCUCGAAGAUGUUAUCUCUAAACAGAUUGAAGAACAACAGCAUUCUCAAUACUUUCAACAAGAUUGCUGGUUAGCAAUUGCCGAAGCAGCCCGUAAUGGUCACAUACACAUAGUUCGCAAGCUUCUGGGUCAUGUGCAGGCGGAAGAACUCGGAUUACAAGACGCAAUUUUCUGGGCGACCCAUUCAGGUAACGAGAAGAUUAUGACUGAACUGCUAGGUAAAGUUGCCUUAUUGGAUAAAUUCUCUUUUCCUGAGUCAGUUCUCCUCCGCGCUGCUGCAGCUGGCCUUCAUGAUUUGGUCUCCUCCAUCAUACAAACAGACUAUGAUCUUUCUGAGACAAAUCUUGAUAUUAGAAAUGAGACUGCUCUUCACACGGCAGUAUACUGGGGUCAUGAGAAGAUAGUAGAGCUUCUUCUGGACUCUAACAUGGACCCAACUACGGAAGAUGGAGAAGGGAGAACUGCUUUUCGGUUGGCAGUCAUGAUGGGUGACACCAACAUUAUACAACUUUUUCUUAAUAAGAGGAAAAUGACACACGACGAGGAGCAACUUGGACCAUUGAUAUUGAAUACUGCAAUAUCUGUGGGCGAAUAUGCCGCAUUGAAGUGCCUAUUAUUGGCCGGGGCGGACUGUAAUGUUGGAGCAUUCGACGCAAACGACGAACUCCGAUAUCCCAUUAUCCACGCCGCAGAUUGCGGGAAGAUCAGGUGCCUUCAUAUUCUCCUAGAGAACGGCGCAGAUGCUUGCACUAAAUCUAAAGAAGGGAGCCCCUUAUACUUGCUUUGCAGCGAAAUACAAGCUAUCGAAGGCUAUCGUGCUCUUUUAGAACAUGGAGCAGACCCUAACGAAUGUUACUCAGAUAAGGAGAUGCUUAUAAAACGUGCUUUAAGAACAAAUGAUAAACGUUUGAUUGAGGUCCUCAGCGAAAAUGGCGCUCAAUUCAACAAGCCAGAUACGAAUGGCAUAUUACCAAUAACAGUCGCUGUAUCUCUAUGCUCCACUGAGAUAUUAGAAUAUAUCCUUGAUAAGGGGGCAGAUGCGAAUUACACUCCAGAAGGGGCCACCGCCCCAAUAUUAUACGCAGUCACCCCAGAAUGUGAUAUCAAAAUAGCUGAGCUUCUUUUGAGCAAAGGUGCAAAUGUCAACUGUGCGAAUAGACCAGCGGAAUAUACACCUCUUCACCUGGCUUAUGACAUGCCUGAUUUUGCCACCCUAUUUUUAAAACAUGGUGCAGAUAUAAAUGCCAUGUCUCGAUACGGAACUGUAUUGAUGUUGGUCGCCCAAUGGGGGCGCGUGGACACUAUGAAGAUCUUAUUAUCUCAUAAAAGUCCACCGGCAGAUCUAAAUGCCACUAUCAUUGAGGAAGAAAACGGCGAAGAUUAUCCUAAAACGGCUUUGGAUCUCGCGCUGCAGUAUAAACAGUACGAGUGCGCAAAUCUUCUGCUUGAGGCUGGGGCCCAGCUAGAUGCCAAAUUUGAAGAUGCUAGACUUGUCGUACAAUCAUGUGAAGACAAUAACUCUGGGGAAGCCAUCAAGGUCAUGAGAUACUACCUCCAGCAUGGCAUGCAAGCAGAUCAUGUGGAUGAGCACAAAAAUACGAUCCUUCAUGGCAUUGAGGAGCUUACCACGACGCCUUUAAUACAGCUCCUCAUUGGCUAUGGAUGUCCUUUUGAUACUGCUAACAAUGACGGGUUGACGCCAUUGGCUAUGGCUGUAAAAUUUGACAACGUUGCAGCGGCAAAGUAUCUUAUCAGCAUUGGUGCCAGGACGAAUGUCUCUGGGCCAUCUUUUGGCAGCCUAUUACACCUAGCCUUAAAAAGCAAAUCCAGAGACGAGAGCAAAAUCAUCGAGAUGAUGAAAAUUCUCAUUGACGCCAAGACAGAUCCUCAUAAACUAAGCCAAGGACCCGAGGGUGAAUCCCUACUUCAAAUGGCAAUAUCGGAAUUUUACGGCAGAACUUUGCAUAGACUUGCUAGAUUUCUUAUUGACGAUGUCGGCAUAGAUGUCAAUGAGCGGAGUGGAUCCGACGAAUAUCCUAUUACUAUCGCUUGUGACUACAGAGAAUGGAAUCUUGUUGAUUAUUUUCUUCGUCGCGGCGCUGAUGUCAACGUUGCCAACGGUCACGGUCGUCGUGCUAUUCAUUUCGCUGCUGCUUUGGCAGAAAAACCAAGACCAAUCCAAGUCCUGGCAAAAGCUGGGGCAGAUGUGCAAGCUGCAGACAACUUCGGGCGCACCUCAUUGCAUUUCAUAGCAACGUCUAGACAUGCACGUAUUACAUGGACCAAGGCCUUCACCAAGAAUUUGGACAUCAAUAUAAAGGAUAUCGAUGGAUGGACACCGCUAAUGUGGGCAUGUAAAGCUGGCGAAGAGGCUGAGGAUAUUAUCGUGAAAUUGGUUAAUGACUACGGUGCAGAUAUCUGGGCAAGGAGUACUGACGGUGAAUGGUCUCCGUUUAAGCUUGCUUGUCUCAAUGAUAUGGAUACCGGCAUUCUGGAGAUCUUGCGGCCCCCGGAAGGAAAACAGCAACGAAUUUGCGAAGACGGAACAAUACAACACUGGGAUGUUGCUCCGCAUUACGAUCCGUGGAAAAUUGGCAAUGGCCGACUGUUUUGUGGUAGUUGUUUCAUGUCUACUGGAUGGCCGCGUUUUCGGUGUACUGUGUGCAAGCUCCCUUACAUGUUAUGCUUUAAAUGCAUAGCUCAUCAGGAUAAGAUGCACAAUGCAGAACACGAAUUUACCGAGUGCUUUGAUGAGACAGAGGACGCAGUUGGGGACGAGAUGCCCGACUCUGACAAUGAGAGUGAUAGCAGGGAUAGACACGAUUCAGGAGAGGGAGAGGACAGUAAUGACGAAGAUGAGGAUGAGGAUGAGGAUGAUGACGAGAACGACGAUGAAAUUGACGAGUCUGAUGAGUAGAUUAAAGAUGUCAAAGACUACUGAACGCAGCGAUAGGUCAUAUUCUAGAGAAGAGUUACUAUUGCCGAAAUGAUUGGAUCCCCU